AUGGGGCCCUUGAAGAAUCCAUCCAAAGGCGGUGCAAAGUAUGCCCUGACGUUCGUGGAUGACUACUCGCGCUACUUUGUGGUCUAUUUAUUGAAAGGGAAGAGCGAGGUGGCCGUCAAGCUAAGAGAGUUCAAGACGGUCUAUGAGAAACAAUAG